CGGGCUCGGCGGAUCCUCACGGUGUUUUAUCCGAUCUCAAAGAAGGUCACGGAGCCGGCCGCGAGGGCCAUCCGGACCCGCUCCUGGUCCGCUACCAUCGCAUCGCCAAGCUGUUCGCGAACUGGUUCUUCGCCAUAUUCUUUUAUUUCUUCAUCAUCGGCUUCCUGUACAUCCCCUUCGGAUCAUAUCUGUCGGAUACUGCCUCGCUGAUGAUCAGCGACGUCAGCAUUGUCUGCUACCUGGACGCCCGCACUUCAUUCCCCGAGGGAGGCGUCACGAUGACGGGCAAGAUCGGCAGUGUCAAGGCCAACCUGCACGGCAACGGCAUGAAGCUGGAAUGCGGUCACUUCAAUUUCCAGCAGUGCGACGGCAACGAGCCAGCACCGUUGCAGUCCAUCUUCGAGCAGCUGUUGCUCCGCUUCACCGCCUCGU